UCUCGGUCUACCAAGCGGCUUUGAGCAAGGCAGCAUCUCAUGAUUCUCAUCUGUAAGUAAGGCCAGCCAGCCAAAACGCGUUGCCUUUGAUCAUUUUUUUUCUUGGUAAGUAAGAUUGCUAGCCAUUUGCUGAACUAUUUCCUUUGGCCUAAAGCCCUAAACCAUUGCAAAGGAGCACCUCUCUGGAGCCCUCUUCUUCAGACUGUAAAGCGAGCGAAAGCAUCAUGCUGUACGCCUCCUGAGUCCUGUCCAGGAUGUAUUCCCUCGCUCUUGCUUCGUGCACAAGCAGAGCAUGCAUUCCUUCCUUCUUCCCCUUCCUUCCUCGAUCCUUCUCCGCACAGCCAGCCAGCGCUAAGCAACCUCACUCACUACAUAUCGGCCUUGUACAUUGCUUCCAGCUUCCUGCUGCAUCCAUUAGGAGAUAGAGUCAUACAGACAUUGGUCGAGCUGCCGAGAAGAGCGUGAAGAGCCGCACGCUGGAGGACAUGAACGCCGGCAUGUCGCCGCGGCCGAGCACGGACUGGGGCCCCAUCAUCGUGGCGGUGAUCCUGUUCGUGGUGCUCUCGCCGGGGCUGCUCUUCCAGCUCCCCGCGCGGACGCGGGUGGUGGAGUUCGGCAACAUGGGCACCAGCGCCAUCGCCAUCCUCGUCCACGCCAUCAUCUUCUUCUGCCUCCUCACCAUCUUCGUCGUCGCCAUCGGCGUCCACGUCUACGCCGCCUAGGCCUAGCCACCUCGAUCCCCAGGCUGCUUUGACACGGUGAUGGUGUACGGUUUCUCUAGUCCCUUGUAAUAAUCUGCUAGUUUUAAUUGGCUGGUUGUUACAAUUGUACCAGAACUCAUUUGAGCAGAGAGUACAGUUGUCUGUUGUCAGUUGAGAGUUUAGCUGUUCAUGUACACAAAAACUUCAAUUUGGCUUCACUUUUUUGGCAAACCAAUGUUUCUCUUUUGGAAAUUA